AUGACGUUAGCAAUUUUAACUAGAAUUGAUCCUACUUUACGACCUACUGCAGAACAAAUUAUGGCAUUACCUUUGUUUUGGGACUUUAACAAGAAACUCAAUUUUAUUAAAAGUGCAAGUGAUUUAUUUGAAAUGGACCCGUCAAUGAUUAUUACUAGAGAACUAGAUGCUUCAGGGAUUGGUAUAAGAUGGCACCAAUCCUUAGACCCUGGGUUAGUUGAUUCAUUAGUAAAAUUUAGAAAAUACGAUUUUAACAAAACAAGGGAUUUAUUAAGGGCUAUUAGAAACAAAAGCCAUCAUUUUUAUAAUUUACCUAAAAACGAACAAAACUUAUUUACCAGUUUCCCUGACGGAUUCUAUCUUUAUUUCUAUAAACGUUUUCCAGGUCUUCUUAUUCUAGUUUAUAAUAUCGUUAAAAAGCAUUAUCCUAAUGAACCAAUUUUUAACGAAUUUUUUAUUUAUGACUCAAAGUAA